ACGAAUAAUUUUGUUUUUUGAUUUCCAUUUUUUUAUCGCCUUCUACGCCGAAGCACUCCGCGACGGGAACGACGCUUCGUAUCGUCUCCCUUCUCUGCCACCUUCGCUUCCUUCUCCGAGCUCCUCUCCAAUCCGAUCCCAUUCUCUCCUCCUUCGUAUUGAUUUAUCCGUUCACUUUAGGUCCUCUGGCAGAGCAGUUUGGCGGCGUUGAGAUCGAGGAAUUCGGGUUGUGUUUUUUUUUCUUUAUAAAAAAAGGCUUGCUUGUGGUUUCUCCGUGAUCCGGGAGCGAAUUGGUAGAAACGGGGCUGGGUAUUGGGAACCCUAGAUCUGGAAGUCUGGGCGUCGGAUUGCUAUCGGGAUCUUUCCGUUGGGAGCCGUCAAGAUGUUCUGGCGCAUGAGCACAUUUAGCCAUUCAUCGCCGGUGGAUUCCAUUUUGGAGAAGGAAAAUUUUACUCUAGAUGAACUUCUUGAUGAGGAUGAGAUAAUCCAAGAGUGCAAAGCACUGAAUACCCGCCUUAUAAAUUUUUUGCGAGAGAAGGCCCAAGUGGAGAAGUUGCUCCUUUAUAUUGUAGAGGAGCCUUCUAUGGAUGCUGAUAAGAAACACAUUCUCAAGCUUCCUUUUAUUGCAAGUGAGAUAUUCACUUGUGAGGUUGAUAUAAUUUUGAGAUCUUUAGUUGAGGAUGUAGAGCUGAUGGAUUUGUUGUUCUCCUUCAUCAAGCCAGAUCAUGUGCACAAUACGUUGCUUGCUGGUUAUUUCAGUAAGGUCGUAAUAUGCCUGAUGAUUAGGAAGACAGCUCCAUUCAUCAAAUAUAUUCAGAACCAUAUAGAGAUAAUUGGUCAACUUGUUGACCUCAUUGGUAUCACAUCAAUAAUGGAGGUACUAGUUCGAUUAACUGGAGCUGAUGAAAAUAUGCAUUCCAACUAUAUGGAUUCAAUGCAAUGGUUGGAACAUGUCGAUGUUCUUGACAUGAUUUUGGAUAAAUUUAGCUCAUCGGACUCUCCUGAAGUCCAUGCCAAUGCAACAGAAAUUCUUUGUGCCAUUAUUCGAUGUGCCCCCCCUGUUCUUGCAGCCAAAAUCUGCAGCCCAAGUUAUGUGGGGAGAUUGUUUUCUCAUGCAUUGGAAGCUUCCAGACCUAAAUCCGUGUUAUUUUAUGCCCUGUCUUUCUGCAUAUGUUUGUUAGAUCCUAAACGGAUGGUAGCAUCUUCCUAUCAGGCAUUUAGAAGCCAAUCAAGUCAUGGGACAGUUGUUACUGUAAGUCAAGAUACAGUGGAAGGAAUGUUGGGGAGACUAGGUGAUUUACUGAGAUUACUGGAAAUUUCUUCAUCUGAUGUUAUCUUGCUUACCACAUAUGGGAAACUACAACCUCCUCUUGGGAAACAAAGACUGAAGAUUGUGGAGUUCAUUUCUGUGUUGUUAACAAUCGGGAGUGAAGCUGUUGAAAAAGAACUGGUCCAAUUGGGUGCAAUCAAGCGCGUGAUAGAUUUGUUUUUUGAGUACCCUUUCAAUAACUUUCUGCAUCAUCACGCCGAGAAUAUUAUUGGAUCAUGUCUAGAAAGUAGGAGGAUUCCAUUAAUUGAACAUAUGUUGCAUGACUGUGACAUUGUUGGCAAAAUUCUUGCCGCUGAAAAGCAGUCUUCCUUGUCAACUGAUUCUGGGAAGGCUACAGUAUUUAUAGGAAAACGGUUGCCUCCAAAAAUAGGGAAUUUGGGUCAUAUUACUCGCAUUGGGAACAAACUUAAUCAGUUAGCAAACAACAACGGCACAAUCAAGGCAUACUUGCAGGAGAACAAUGAUUGGGAUGAGUGGCACAAAUUUGUCUUGUGCAAGAGGAAUUGCAUCGAAAAUGUUUACCAAUGGGUUUGUGGGCGUCCUGCAACACUACAGGAUCGAGUUAGAGACAGUGAUGAUGACGAUUUCCGAGAUAGGGAUAUUGACGUGACAACACUGGAUAAUCAGCAUUUUCAGCCUAGGAUUUAUCGUUAUGAUCAUAUUGAAGAGACAGAAGGAUCUUUUGAACAAGACGAUGAGGACGCUUAUUUUGAUGAUGAAUCUGCAGAAGUAGUUAUUUCAUCUUUGCGCUUGGGGGAUGAUCAGGACAGUUCCCUCUUUACAAAUGCCAACUGGUUUGCUUUCGAUAAUGAUAAAGAGGUCAGUGAUCGUAUAACUGACUCACUUGCUUCAACAUCACUGAAUUCGGAUGAGUCUGAUGUGGUCGUGCUGGAUGAAAAGAAAGACCUGGAUGAAGCAGCUACUUGUUCACAAAUAAAAGUAGUGACUAAUACAGGAGAAACAGACGCUACCAUUCUAGGAAACUCUCCUGUAAGCAAAUCCACAGUGGAGGCUAGUUACUCAAGCCCGAGCGAGGGUGAGAAGCCACAAGGGUGCGUUGAAUGGAUAGAAACAUCGGAGUCUGAAGUGCUUGGUUUAAAAUCUACUGCACAUAUUCCGAACGGGGAGCUCAAAAUGGAGGAAGCAUGUGCCAUGGAAGAAAUUGCACUAGAUACAGAUGGUCACCAAACUUCAUCUGAACAUGCAGAAACAGAUGGGCAAGUUGAAGAUGCCAAAUCAACUAAAACUCCUGAACCUGCAAAUGGAGGUUUAUCCAGGUCUGAAGUCCUCUCAGAGCUACCCGCAAGUGAAACUGCAGCCGAAGACCCAGAACACAAGAAAACAAUUGACAACUCAGGGAAGUGAAAUCAUGCUAGAUGACAUUUACACUUCAUUCAUCAGUCGAUUCAUGGGCCUGCUGGAGGUGGCAACCAGGGUUCACUCUCCUGCAUCUCGGAGGCUCAUCUUGGAAGAGACCUUAUCCUACUAGGGCUGAUAGCUUAUUUUGCCAUUCACAGACCAAGAAUUUCAGGAGAGCUCCUACUCACAACACUGGCAAUCUGCUCCUCUGCACUCUUGUUUUUUUUUCCCAUUCAAUUUUUCUAAAUUAUUUUUUUUCCAAAUAUUUUUGGCAUGGUUAAAUUCAUCUCUCUUUCUUUUUUUUUUGUCAAAAAAAUGCGACAUGCAUGCACUGAUUUCAGUCAGAGCAGUUACUGAUUCUGUGCAAAUUGUGUUUUUUCCCCAUUCCAAUUAAUUACACAGUGCAACCUUUUGUGUCC